AUUCUACAAAAAUAAAAGUAAAUAUAUUUUUUGAAGCCCAGCAAUCUGUAAAAAUCAAAAGACUUUCAAAAUUGGCUUACUUUCAUACUAUCAAUUGAAUUUUUUUUCUUGGCAAAACUGAUUUCAUGCCAGUUUGGAAAACUCUGUUUAUCUAUGCAGAUAGAUCAGUAAUUGUGACUUCAAUUGUUAGAGUUGCCUGAGGGACUAAGGUUAAAUGAUUUCAUAGUCACACAACCAGUAUGUUAUCCCAGAUGAUUUGAAAUUAGGUUUUUAUGAUUUAUGUGCCAAGUAGGUAUUCAGAUUAUUGUUUCUUCCCCGGCCCUCAUUUAAAAGUCUUCCUUUUCUUCUUUUCUCUUUUUCACUUCCCACUUCCAUUUGCCCUUCUAGAGAAACAUUUAAAGGUUGGAAAAUAUAGCUAGAAAGCAAUUAAGUGUUUCCUAUUGUGAUGUCACAGAAUGUAUCACUAUGAAAAGUACAACGGUACAACAGAGCAUUCAUUUGUAUUUUAUAGGACCUUAAAAAAGUGAGUACUGUCUGGUACUCUCCUUUUAUAUGCUGAAUCAAAUUAAUGCUGUUUUCCAGCAUAUAUUGAUUUUGGAUUAAGAGUGGUAUUAUAACAUAAGUAUCUAAUUCUUGGUCAUACUGUAUUCAGGCUUAAGUUUUGCCCUAUUGACCAAAAUACUGGUGCCAUAGGAUAGAUUGGCCAGAAGCAUUGGCCCAGUUUUCUUAUCUGUUUCUCUCUAUACUGGUUAUAAAAUGCUACUUACUAUCAUCCAUGUACUGUAUAAAAAAAGUAGCAGAUACCUGGAAAAUGUUCUUCAUCCUAUUUACUACUUCCUAUCCAAAUUUUACUAGUCUCACCUGCUUUCACUAUAAUUUUUACUUCCCAGCUGGCCUUUUCUCUAUCCUUGCCUGAUAAUACUGGAACCUACAGGAUAAUACUGGAGUUUUAAUAUAUGAUGAAUGGAAAUAGGAGUGGAUUUUGAGAAAACAAUGGCAAAGACAAUUAAAAAAUGCAGUGUUUAUCCUCCUAAAUCUACAGUGUCUUCUCUUCUAGCAAGUUGCAGUUUGAACAACAGUAAUUCUUCUAACUCCGGUGGUUCAAUAAAGUAUAAAGAUAAGCUUUACAGCUCUGCUUCUCAGGCAUUACAGGCCUACAUUGAUGAUUUUGAGCUAGAUUGUAUGUCUCAUGAUAUAAAUGUUAGAAAAUUUGACCUUGAUCAGUAUUCUAAGUUCUCCAAAUUUCUUUCAAAAUCCUCAAAUGGUUUUCAAGACUUUGACUUCAAAAGAUCAAAGUCAUUGUCUUGUAGAAACCAGAUGAUUAAUGAUAUAGACUCUAUUAGCCUAACAACUGAUGAUCUAGUACAUUUUCCACCAGAUGGAUCAUUGCCUACCGAUACUUAUAUUGGAUCACUACAUGAAAAUAGCAAGCAGAACAGAAAAUUUCUUAAAAAGACUUCAUCAGAAAAUGAAAGGAAUACCAGUUUUCUAGAUCCUUGCAAUUCUGUGGAGAAUGAGGACCUAUUUACUCCUGUUCUGUUCUCAGAUACCAAUGAAAAACAUUGUGGUGUGAUAAAAAAAACUUCAAAUAAACAUUGCAAAUAUAUUUCUCCUUUAUCAGCACAUUCUUCAGAAAUGCCUUCUCUUACAGAAAAGUCAAAGCACCAUACUAGAAAAAAUUACCCAAGAUGGCUUACUAGUCAGAAGUCUGACCUUAAUGUAUCAGGGAUAACUAGUAUUCCUAAUUACAAUUAUCCACUUUGGCUACACGAUCAAGAUCUGUUACCUGAUUCAUCCUGUCAAAGUAGUUCUCAGAUGCAAAGAAAAGAACAGCACAUUUAUAUGGAGAAAAAGAAAACUCAGUUUGCUCACAAAUUGGAUUGUUAUGAACAUUCACUUAAACACUGCAGCAGCAUUUCAGACUCCACCAGUGACAAAGUAUUAGUUAAUUGUAAACAGAGUUGUGAACUUGGUCGAUUUCAGGAUGAGAAUAUACCUUUCUCAGGGCAAUCAAAAAAGCCAUUCAGUGAUGACAAAAUUGAAUUGCUUAUCCUGAAGGCCAAGAGAACUCUAGACCAUUCUCCUGAAGGAUUAUCAAGUACUAUGAAAAAUGAUGUCAAUCCCUGCUCACUAGAUAAACUAGAAACAGAAAGAUCAUGGGACAAUAUUCCAGUUACUUUCAAAUCUCCUGUGCCUGUGGAUUGUGAUGAAAGACCUCAACAAAUUGUAAAAGUGAAACGUGUUCAUGAGUUCCUUGAGGAUUGUUUAAAUGCAGAAAAUCCGAGAAGUACGCUGUCUGGAGGUAAACAUCAUGGUCCUGUUGAAGCUCUGAAACAAAUGUUGUUUAACCUUCAAGCAGUGCAAGAAAGUUUUAAUCGGCAUAAAUAUGCUGAGCAAGAUGAAGAGACUAAACAAAGGGAGAACUUUUACUCUGAUGAUAGCUUUAGCUGCAUCUCCAAAGUGUCGUGUUCAGAGGAUGAAAGUUCUAUAAAGGAAGAUGUAAUUCCUAUUACUAGAUCUCUUCAAAAGGCUUUGCACCAUUUGUCCCGCCUGAGAGAACUAGUUGAGGAUACCCGUGGUAAAUCAAACCUAAUAUAAUCACAGAAGAAUGAAGAUUUUACAAACUAUCUAACAAACAAAAAUUGAGAUUUCUUUUUAAAUGUUCAUAAAUGGGCUAAUUUUUUUUGUUAUUUCAGAGAUAAUUACUGUAAAUCAUCCUGUUCCCUUAAAAUAAAAAAUUUUAAGCGACAUUGUUUUGCACCUUAACUUCAUUACAUACUCAAAUAAUAGAAUUGGAGAUGUAUGAAAAAGCCCCACCUACCUGUUUUCAGCCUAGUAAAUGUUUAAGUCACAUUAAACAAAUAAUUUCUGUUCUUUUCCUUCAA